AUGGAGGCGCGGAUUCACUAUCUGAUGCCAAUGAUGUGCAGCUCUCUUGCUGCAGUUGGAUCAAGAUUAAACCCGUAUCCGAUCAACAUUCAAGAUGGCGUACCCUUAGCUGUUGAUGGUAUUUGCAAAUCAAUGGUGGAGACACAAGGCUAUGUUUGCGAAGAACAUAAAGUAACAACAUUAGAUGGAUAUAUUCUUAGUAUGCAGAGGAUUCCGAUGGGGCGGUCUGGCAAGGCUGCAGACAAGCCUCCAGUUCUUCUACAACAUGGACUCUUGGUGGAUGGGAUAACAUGGCUGCUGAAUCCUCCCCAUGAAUCUUUAGGAUUCAUCUUGGCCGAUAAUGGUUAUGAUGUUUGGAUUGCCAACACCAGAGGGACUAAUUAUAGUCGCGGACAUACAUCACUGACUCCCAAUGAUCCGGCUUAUUGGGAAUGGUCAUGGGAUGAACUAGUAGCUCAUGAUCUUCCUGCUUCAUUCCGGUUUGUUCAUGAUCAAACAGGGCAGAAAAUGCACUAUGUUGGGCAUUCCUUGGGAACUUUGAUUGCAUUUUCUGCAUUUUCCCAAAAGAAGCUGUUGAACAUGUUAAGAUCAGCUGCUUUGCUUAGUCCUAUUGCAUAUCUGGGUCAGAUGCCCUCUCCUCUUUCAAGAAGUGCGGCUGAUGCUUUUCUUGCUGAAGAUUUGUACUGGUUAGGGCUUCAUGAAUUUGCUCCAAGAGGGGAAGCUGUGGCCAAACUCUUGGAAGAUAUCUGCAAGAACCCAAACACAAAUUGCACUGACUUGAUCACUUCGUUUACGGGCCCCAAUUGCUGUGUGAACUCUUCCUCAACAGUUGAUUUUCUUGAACAUGAACCUCAAUCUACAGCAACCAAGAACAUGGUCCAUCUUGCUCAGAUGAUUAGACAAGGGACAAUAGCAAUGUUUGACUAUGGAAGUAAAGAAGAAAACAUGAACCACUAUGGCCAACCCACUCCUCCAAACUACAACAUGGCUAGCAUCCCCAAUGACCUUCCUCUCUUCCUCAGCUACGGAGGGAAGGAUGCCCUUUCUGAUGUGAAUGAUGUUCAGACUCUCCUCGACACUCUCAAAGAUCACGACGCUGAUAAGCUCGUAGUUCAGUACAGAGAGGACUAUGCUCAUGCUGAUUUUGUUUUUGGUGUGAAUGCUAAUCAAGUUGUGUAUAAUCCUCUCAUGGCCUUCUUCAAGCUUCACUGA